CUGGCAUGGGCGGCAUGGCACACGUUGUAUUUCACACUCUAACCAAUAUUUACAGAAAUUAAAAACCCAAACAAUGGCAAAAUUCAGUUCAUAUCAUACGUUGUGUCCCGGGAUCGACCCACAGAAUUUACUCGGCGUCGAGAGAGAUGCUGACUCGGGAUGUGCAAUCGUUACUUUGGGCAGGAACAUGGUGUACAGAUAUAAGCUCCAAGACCUCAAAGAAGCGAGUUGUUGGUCCUCCCAAGAAUGGCUAACGACCCAAGUGGUCUACGAUCGCAAGACCAGCCACUACGUCGCGGUCUUGAACGAGAAAUACCUCCGCCUAUGGGAGAAGCCCGAAAAGCACUUGCACAAGGUGAAAAAAUACAAAUUCGACGUUCCCUUUCGCGCCCUAGUGGUCCCCUCGUCAGAGCAGGACUCGCCAGUCCUGGUCCGACGAGACGGAGCAACAGCUUCCCUCCCCUGGGCCCUCGAGAAUCGCAAAGCCUGGAGCAGCAAGAUCCCCCCCAACCCCUCCAACGAAGAACUCUGGGACUGCCGACUCCUCCGCAUCAACAGCAAAACUUACUUCUGCGCUCUUUGCUCCCCAAAACCACCGGCCGAGCAUUCCAAUUUUCUGGUGCGCGAGGUGAACGCCGAAACGUACGUCGGGAACAGGGACAACGACGUGCGGAUAGAGCUGAAGAGGCCCUCGGAGGAGCUGGUCGGUCACGUAAUCCUCCAGAACCAGAACAACGCGUACCUCCUGACCCUGUGGUCCCACGGUCGUCUCUACAGCUACCCCCUGACAGGCGCCUGCUCAGAGCCCGUCCCAGGGAUUCUCGUGAGCGUCAUCACCUCGAUCAGCCCCAAACAUCCUGCAGCAAUGACUGCCCUCAACGAGUCCACAAUAGCGAUAUACGGAGCUGAUGCCAACGAGGAAGGGGCUGUUCUCAUAAUCUACAAUAUUCAGUUCAAACUCGUCCAAGCAAUCCACAAACUUAAACUUUACACGAAGGGGGCCAAACUCUGGCAGAUGGAUCACAAGCUUCUGCUGGCUGCCAAUCAACAUCUAGCUGUUGUCUCGUAUCGGCUGGCGUCGCAGAGGAUCGAGACGAUGCUCGGCUCCUCCCUGAGAUUCCAGCGCGAUCACCAUCAGUCUGACGACUGCGAUGUCAUGGAGAUCAGGGAGUCGACCAUUGCCGAUUGGCAGGAGUCAGUCAAGUUGCCUGAGAAAAUUCCCAUUGUCGGGGUGCCCAAAAACAUAGCCAAGCAGAUCACAGUUUAUGUUAAUGAGGGAGCCAGUGAUGCCACUAUUCAGAGGGAGUUGAUUCCUCAGUUGAUUGAGGGCAAAGACGUCAGGACGAUUGUCUGGUGUUUGGAUAAUUUCAAGGACCUCCCGGAGAAGCUGCUCAUUGAUCUGCUGGCGUUCGGCAUCAGAACUCCGGAGGAGACUUUUGUUCCACUGCAGAAUGGCUCCUCGGGGAAGCAGGGAAGUGUCAUCACCAGGCAUCAAUUUUUGGACAGAAUAUUCAGUGUCAGCUUUUCUGAUAUUUGCUUGCUGCCUCAUUUGAAGGCUAGUCUGAUGUUCGAUGAGGUGCUCAGCCUGAUGGAGUAUUUCAUAGAGAAACUCGGUUGCGAGGGAGGGGGGCAGGGGGGUGUCGAGGCCAAUGAUAAGCAGCUUUACGAGUGGUGCAGUCUGAUUAUGGACUCUCAUUACCAGCAUUAUUUGUUGUCUAAGGACCCUGAGGUGCUGAGGAUGUUCGGGAGGUUGAGUGACAUCCUGGAUGAUCAUUUUCAGGUACUGAAAGAAAUGGAAGAGCUGAGACCAAUGGUCCAACGGAUAAUAAACGGGAAACCACUGAAAAUAUCUUCCAGAGGAUUCAACAAGUUCUAUUCGAUAGAGGCGAUUCAAUUGUAUUAAUUUUAUAAUAAAUAAAUAACAAAAUUGUAAAUGAA